AUGCACGGUGUUGGUAUGUUUGUUGCCCCACUGUGUCAUGCUCAUGCUAAUAAUCACCAUGAAGUACUGGUCCUCACAGCGCUAGUAGCCUUUGCGCUCGGUUUGCCAAUAUGGUUCUUGAUACAGUGGUUGUCAGAUCCCCGGAAGCUUCGGCGGUUUCCUACGCCAUCAAUUGUUGCCCUCACGCCGUUUUGGCUCAUGUACCACAGCUCCCGUGGCAGAAGAUACGCAGCUGUUGACGAGGCCCAUCGCAAACUGGGCCCUGUUGUGCGGAUUUCGUCAAACCACAUCUCUUUCGCCAGUCCCCAAGCUUUCAAAGAGAUCUACAAUUACGGAAGCAAGAUCGCCAAGGACGACUUCUAUGAAACCAUCGCUGCGGGAAAUCCCUCGAUGGCUCAAACGGCAAGCAAACUAGAGCACGCUACAAAGAGACGGAAUCUCUCGUACGUUUUCGCUGCUCAACACAUUACGGCAAUGGAGCCACGAGUCAUGCGUGUUGUGGAGAAGCUUUGCAGGAACAUUACAGCCAAGUCCCAAGGCCAGCCCAUUAGUGAUGACGACAACUACCGGUGCGUUGACGGGGUAUUUGAUCUCCGUCCAUGGCUGAACAUGGCUUCCUUUGACGCCAUCACGUCGAUGUUUUGGUCCAAUGAAUACGGUUUCCUGGAUAGAGGAAAUGAUAAGUGCCCGACACAGUCGGCUUCAGGCUCCAUUACCCAGGUGAACGCCAUGAACACCUACCAUUCCGCCGUCCACUUCAAUGCCUGGUUAGCACAUCUACCAGAGCGUUGGUACAAACUAGGACGUCAGAUUUUGAAGUACAGCCACGGACAGCUCGCCGGGGACCAUUUCAGUGGUAUGGCAAGAUAUCUGGUUAACGAAAGACUGCGGUCACGACCUGCGGAGCCAGACCUUUUCAGUUCUCUCCCACUCGAGGCUAGCGAGAAAAGGCCAGUGCCCAUGACAUUUGACGAGGUCCUUGCCGAGUGCACGACAAUGCUGGACGCCGGAAACGAUACCACCCAGACCUCACUCACCAACUGCAUGUACCAGCUCGCCCGCCAACCUGAAAAGCAAAGGAAACUGCGCAGGGAGUUGUUACAGGCGUUGCCGCUCUCAAAGCGCCCCGUGGCCAGCUACGCAGACCUCCAAGGCAUCAAAUACCUCCGGGCUUGUUUAGACGAGUCGUUCCGCGUCCGUUCACCACUGGGUUUCGGCCUUCCUCGCAAAGUCAUCGAGCAGGGUGUAGUCAUCUCGGGUCAUGAUAUCUAUCCCGGCACUACAGUCAGUGCCCCUCUCUAUUCCUUGCAUCUGAACGAAGCACUAUUCAGGAAUGCUAGAGAGUUCAUCCCCGAACGCUGGCUGCCGAACGAGAUCGACUUAUCAUUCCACACAUCAGACGAGGAGCACAGAAACCUCAAAGACUAUGUUCUUCCAUUCAGCCUGGGAUCCAGGGCGUGCAUUGGCCGUAAUUUAGCAUACAUGGAGCUGAGCAUCGUCAUUGCCGCGCUGAUCAUGUCUUUCGAGUGGCAAUUGGCUCGCCCAGAUGAAGAGAUGGUAACCAUUGAGAGGUUCAACAGUAACCCCAAGGAGCUGCUCGUCAAAGCCCAGAAGUUGGAUUUGGCUUGA